CAUUAGCUACAAGAAGCAUACGGGUCCUUCGGAGCACUGUCUGGCGACCCGUCGCCAUUAGUGCAGUUUGAUUUCGACCGAUAUUUUUUUUUGCCUAAUAUUUUAAGCGUUGCGUUUGGGGACUUGUAUUAAGUGCCCUACGCCUUUUAGGAGGCAUACAGCGUUGAUCUAGUGAGGAAGGAGCGCGUUUUUAGGGGUCUUGGCCCCGCGUGGCGAGCUUUCGUCCUCCUCUCUAAAAUCCAAUCUAAGUUGAGACGCCGAUAUCGUGUCUCUUAUUUUUUCUCGGUUUGUUUUGUUGCAAAGAUGUCGCCGUGAUGGGGUCUCCGUGUUUGACAGAAAUGAUUCAGGGCCGUUGCCGCCUGACUCGCACGCACUGCAGCUCAUUUUCUUUGGUUUUUCUGUUUGAUGCUCGAGAGCUCAGCGGCUCUCAGCUCGGAGCUUGGCCUCUGCUUUGCCCACUGCACGGAGACAAAUAUGGAGAAAAAUCCCAACAACAACACCAGCAGCAAGGUUCCGCCCCGUUCCAGCUCUACAGGCCCGACAGCGGGCGACUCUAAACCCAAAGCAGAAAGUAAAAAUAAUGGAGGCUCAAAGCGGUAUAACCGCAAGCGGGAGCCUUCUUUCCCCAAAGUGGACAGCUUCCCUGGUCCACGACACACCAAUUCACAGAAAGGCAAAAGUUUUGACAAGAGACCCCCUCAGAGAGGUGGAGGGCGCCAGUAUGGAAUUACAGGUGGAGGACGACGUGAGGAGGUAGCAGAGACGCGCCGGGCCGAGUUUAGCCCGGCUCAGUUUGCUGGACCUAAGAAAAUUAGUUUAAACCACCUGCUGAACUUCACGUUUGAGCCUCGUGGUGGUGGUGGUGGUGGUGGUGACAUAGGCCCCUCCUGUUGGGGGCGCCGCAAUAAAUGGGGCCACAAGCACAAGCCCUUUAACAAGGAACUUUUCCUGCAGGCCAAUUGCCAGUUUGUAGUUGCUGAUGACCAGGACUACAAGGCACACUUCGCUGAUCCAGACACUCUGGUUAAUUGGGACUGUGUACAGCAAGUGCGCAUUUACAGUCAUGAGGUGCCAUCUUGCCCCAUAUGUCUCUAUCCUCCGGUGGCAGCUCACAUAACUCGUUGUGGGCACAUUUUCUGCUGGCCUUGUAUGCUGCACUACCUUUCUCUUAGUGACAAGAGUUGGUCAAAGUGCCCAAUCUGCUAUGAGGCAGUCCACACUGGUGAUUUGAAAAGUGUUGUUGCAAUGGAAACCAGACAGUAUAUGGUUGGUGAUGUCAUUACUAUGCGCCUGAUGCGGAGAGAGAAGGGAGCACUGGUAGCGCUGCCCAGCUCACAGUGGGUGAAGGUGGAGGAGCCUGUUCGUUAUGGAGAUUCAUCUCUCAGCCCGUACUCCAAGCUGCUGCUUAUCUCUCCUGAGCAGGCCUUGGAAAUGGUGGGUGAGGAAAAGGCUGCGCUGCACUCUCAGCUAAGCAAAGAAGAGGACUCUCAGGGCUGUUUUAUCCAGAGUGCUCUUUGUCUUUUAAAGGAACGGGAAGAAGGAUUGUUGCAGCAGCAGAAAUCAAAUGCAGGGGACAGUUUUGAUUUGUCCUCUCUGACUGUUGAAGAACCACCUCCUCCAAUUGAAGAAGUGAUUAAGAAUAGCAACAGCACUAAGCCAGUGCUGCAAUACGCUUCAGCAUUUGACGAUGAAGUGUUGGAGCUGCCAGAGGAUGGUUCUCAGCAGCCACAGCUCCCUGAAGGGGUAUUGGAGAGUGUUCUGGAGGACGUCCCAGAGGAGAUCCUAGAGGCUGCAGCAGAGACUGAGCUUGAACUGCCUGAGGACUUCACAGAUGAUCCUCCACUGUGGCAGCAAGACACAAGCCGCCCCCCAAAUAAUGUGGUGCAUGGACCCUACUACUAUUUCUAUCAAGCUGACGACUGCCAGCAGAUGUUCUUGCAUCCAGUGAAUGUACGUUGCCUGCUGCGUGAAUAUGGGAGUCUGGAAGCCAGCCCUGAUACAAUCACUGCUAAAGUGGUAGAGAUAGUAGGACACUCAGUCACUGAGGAUAUCCGUCGCAGACAUCGUUAUCUGGCCCAUCUGCCGCUCACGUGUGAGUUCAGUAUCUGUGAAUUGGCUUUGCAGCCACCGAUAAUCUCCAAAGAGACUUUGGACACUUUUGCAGAUGACUUGGAGAAAAGAAAACGUCUGAGACAAAAGAAGGCGAGGGAUGAGAAGCGCCGUGAGAAACGCAUUGAAAUUGAGGAGAAUAAAAAGCAGGGGAAAUACCCAGAAGUUCAUAUUGGACUUGAAAACCCACAUCAUUUCCCAGCUUUUGGGUCUCCUCCAUACAACAGCAGCCCCCCAGUCCAACCUGACUUCACCUUUGCUCCUCCUUCACCCCUCAGCAGCAGUCCUCCUGCUGAUGGGAUGAUAUUUCCAAGUCUGAAUGCUCAAAGCCCCUGUGCAACUGGUGUAGGAAGUGUGGAGGAAGACAGUCACUGCAUGUCCUUUGCACAGAUGCUUAGAGACGGAAAGGCCAGAGUUGAUUCUGGACACAGGAUCUCUUCAAAGAAAGGUGCGCUGUUGGCACCACCUGCUGCAGAUAGUGAUGGAGAGAGUGACAACUCUGACCGUGUCCCAGUGCCCAGUUUUCAAAACUCUUUCAGUCAGGCUUUUGAGAAGGCACUUCUGGAGCUAGACUCUGUUCCAGUUUCUUCUCCACAACCUGCGGUUGGACAAGAAGAGACAGGAGGCAAGAAGAAAAAGAGAAAACAGAAGCUUCUUUUCAGCACAUCAAUGGUCCACACAAAGUAGACAGUUAAUUUACUUAAGUUGCAAAUCUUUUCACUGCCUUUUGUUCAUGCAGCCCUUUUCAACUCUAAGCUAUGGAAGCAGGGUUUGUGUAGGUAAUGCUUCAGCCAGUUUGUUGGCCAAUGUAUCUUUAAAUGUCAUGCCAGGAAUUUAUUUUCUGCAAGAAAACCCAAGCUUUGCAGCAGUUGGGUGUACCUCAGUCUGUUCAGUAAUAUAUUGCCCAUUAGCGAAAUGAAGCCAGUGCACACACAGUCCUCUCAAGAGACUGAAACCAGAGUUGCAUGGUUUUGAGAUGGUUAGUGUUGCUGCAUUUUUUUUGAAGCCCCAAGUGUAACAGACGGAUUAUCAAAGGGUGUCUUUAUGUUUGUAGCAGUCAGCCAACUGCAAUAUACUACGCCCCUUUGAAAAUUUACCAGUGAUGCUUGGUGAUUUCAAAGUGCAACUCUGUGAACUGACUGCCUUCAGUGUUAUUAUUAGGGUAAAAUUUGACCAAGAAGAUUCUGCUUAAAAUUAAAACAAAUUAGUAGAAAAUUCUAAUUAGCCCACACUGCAUAGACAGGCUUUAAAGACAGUAUUAAGUAGGUCUCGGCAGGACUAGCUAAUCAACAAACAUGCACUUUUCUCAUUCAAUCUCUGAUUCACUAGGAGGUUAAAUAACUUAACCAUUACUCCUGUGUGUCAGUUUCUAACUGGGAUGUUGGAUUAACGCUGACAGAUAAAUGAUUGUGGAAAAAAUAGGGUUGAUUUUAUUUUGGUUGAAGCUUCUGAAUUGCAUUUAUUUUUGAUCAAAUGUAUGGACUGUGUACAUUCUAGUCUGUUGAAAUAAACUUUUAUGCAUUUAUUUGUUUUUAAAUGCAUAUUCAGCUAUUCCUA